AUGUAUAUCUGUAAAGAGAUUCUUUCUGGCGGCCAACCCUCUCCGGGGGACGAUUCCACGUUGUCGACCGACCUGGAUGAUACUGGGAAGAAACUCCUGUUGAAACCAGAAAGUCAAGUUCCACAUCACCUACGUGUUACUUCUUUUUUGCAAGAAGUUGCGUGCGCAAGUUGUACUUUACCACUACUA